UAAUUACUUACUUGCUUACUUGGAGAAACCCAUAAUUGCCAUUGAAAGAAUAAUAAUAAUCAGCGGGCAGUGGCUGACAGGUUAGUCGGUGACUACAAGCCGCUCUCAUCGUCAUGGAGGUGUCCGGCAAUCCGCUCCUAGCGUCCAGUGACGAGGAGCGCGAAAAGCUCUACAGGCAGCUGAUCUCCCCUGACGCUGUCAUAGCGGAGAAAGAUCUGUUCAACAUCGCACGAGUCAUGGUGGACAAUGGCCGACGAUAUCCCGAUCGGCUAUGCAUGUCGUUUGCUGGUGGCGUGACGUGCACGUUUGCACAGAUGCUGGCUUUAGCUAGUGACAUCUACACGGUGCUGAAAGAGCGCGGCCUGAAGGAGGAAGAUCGAUUGCUUGCCACCAUGAAGCCCGGCGUUGUGUUCUACGCCACUGUGAUCGCUGCCUGGGCACUUGGACUGGUCAUUGUGCUCAUUGACAAAGGCAACUUCAAGAGCAUCACCAAGGUCAACCACUGCCUGACGCUGGCCAAGCCGAAGGCAUGGCUACGUAUUGGCACCGAAUUCUGGUAUACCAAGUGGAUAUUCUCAUCAAUCCGUGCGAUCCCAAUGCUCAUUGAGCUGCCCACAGGUAUUUCUGGCCCUUUCCUGUCGCCCGACGCGCGCCACUUGCUGUCGGCGGACGAUGUGUGUUCUGCGCGCAAUGCUCUUGUGACGUUCACCUCCGGAAGCACGGGCCUGCCGAAGAUGAUUCUGCGCCACCACUCCUUCGUCAUGAAGCAGGUGCUUAGUAUUACGGCGUGCGAUUUUGACGCGCAGCAGCGCGAUCUCAACCCGGCAGGUCGCACGCCGUUGCUGGGUGAGAUGGUCAACUUAACCAACCUGCCCGUGGGAGCGCUGGUGUUCAUUGCGAUUGGUGCACCGUGUAUCCUGGAGACGGAUAUUCUGGGUAGUAACGUUGAUGAGAUCCUGAGUCGCUGCCGGAGUGCCAAGCAGACGACCGGACGACAGCAUUGCUCAUGCAUCGGCUCCCCGGCAUUCCUACAGCGCAUCGUGCAGCACUGCAUCGCGACAAAGCAAGACGUUCCAAUCACAAUCGGUCACACCGGAGGAGCUCCGAUCUAUAGCCGACUCAACACCCUCCUGCACGGCAACACAAAGUCGUGCUUUGCCAUUUACGGCAGCACGGAAGCGGAGCCCAUCUCGAGCAUCGGCACCUGGGAGAAGAUACAGCGAGAAGCGGCAGCGCGCAAGAUUGCAUCGUCGCUGGGCGGACACUGUGUGGGCAAACCUCAUUUCCCAGGCAGCCUGGCGAUCAUCAAACAGCACGAUGGUCAAAUUCCCGAUGAUGUUGUACUCGAAGACUUACAGCUAGACUGUGGACAAGCCGGCGAAGUUGUGCUCCGCGGCUGGAGUGUCAAUAUGCAUGAAGUGCCACGGAAGCGCUUCCUCUUUGACAGGCAAGGCAGAAAGUGGCUUCGCAUGGACGAUGGUGCGUAUCUAGACAAGGAUGGAUAUGUCUGGGUAGUUGGACGAAUGACGUGGAAGGUCGAGCGAGACGGUCGAGAAUUUUGGUCCGUGAUCGUUGAAGAGAAGAUGAUGAGCCAGUGUAGCCUAAUCACCUAUGCCACGUACAUGAAGCGUGAUGGCAAAGCACACCUAUUCAUCGAAGCUCCAAAUGGCCUGCCGGAAUCCGAACUUGAAAGCCUCAAGCAAUGCAUCAAGCGAGACGGCAUCCCGGUGGACAGCUUCCGCGUCAUGACGGAAAUCCCGCGUGACGCCCGCCAUGCCAGCAAGCCCAACACGGCGGCGCUCUUCGCCUCGUCGUGGUCGUCGUCUUGGCAACCGUUCAUGCUAGUGCUCCUGGUCAUUGCCCUCCUGGUGCUGGUCAUCACUAUGUUGCGCAUGACAUAAGGCACUGCAUAGGGCCGUUGUCCAUUACAGUAGCAUUUUUUUUUAAAUUGCUGAGAUAUUGAUGUACAGCGGCAGCCUUACUGAUCGAGCUUGAAGCUACCCAUUCGAGUGCCCACUGACAUAUUCCUUUCGUUCAUCUGCAAGCAAUGCAGUGCUACUGGGGUUUACCAAAGAGCUGCCGGAGAAUUUACCCGUGGCUUUGUUAGAUAUCUGACAUUAGGAAGCACUGGCAUGCCAUAUUAUUUCGCCGAUAUGCGUAGCUGUGGGUAUCUAGAUUUUUACUGAUUGUCUGGCAGGUGAUUGCCAGUCUAGGACAGAGGCUGUGGAGACUAAACUACCAAGUAUGAGGGCCUGAUAUUCUCACAACGUUAUGGACAUACGUAUGGCUCUUCCAGGAUACAUAAUGGAGUUAGAAUCACUUUCAAUCCUGGCCCAGAAUUAUCAGAACAUCAGAAUACAUUCCUACCACAUGAACCAUUGACUACAAUAGAUGCGGUAUUUUCACAACAACGCCUCUCUUGAAGAAAUCACGGACAUAGCCUGA